AGAACAGUCAGCGCCUCGGCGACAGCAAGUUUGCAGACGCGCAGAACGUUGUCCGCGACGAUAAACACCAUCGGUCGCUGUCUCGCUCUGCAGAUAUGACCCAUAUCCUGCCUCCACAUCCUAACCUUGAUCUAGCCCAAUCGUCGUUGCAAUCAGCCCUUCAGAUCGACCCCAAUCAACAAGCGAUGCAACAACCACCACCUCCACCGCAGCAGCAACAGGAGUCGGUGCCUCCGCCGCGAAAGCGCAAGAAGGCGGACGGACAGGAUGCACCGACGCAGGCGGAGCCUAGGCGGUUGCGGCGGUCCCAUGAAGCGUGCGCCAGAUGUAGGCAGAAGAAAAUUAAGGCAAGUCCCGUCGGGCGACACCGACGGCAAAUCCCCGUCCUCGACGUCUGCGACUCUAAGCAUCCGAGAUGUACCGCUUGUGCAACAGCCGGUGUUCCAUGCCAGCAAGAGGACCGACAUCGCCAGACGCUGACGCCGCGAGGCCACGUCGAGCGCGUCGAGCGUCAGUUGAUGCAGUGUGAGGCGCUCCUCAGACGUCGUAUGCCUGGUUUCGACCUCAGCAAUCUCGACGAAAUAUGCGCUCGGGAGGGAAUUCAAGUGGAUCAAAUGCAGCCUCCGCCCACGGUUAUGUCUCCAAAUUUCCAGUUUAUGGAGGCAGGUCCCAGCAGGCCACCGUAUCAGAAUGCCCCGCCCCCUGGGACCAGCCCGCAAGGACCCAAAGGUUACCCUUACCCUCCGCCUCAGCACAUGGUCCCCCCAGGCUACCCAAUGCCGGUGUAUACAGGCGCUCCUCCGCCGCCUGGAUCUCCUUACCCACCGCCGCCCCACAUGGGGAGUAUGCAGCCCCCCGCCCCUCCCGGUUACAACCCUCACAUCCAUCCCGCUUUCCAAUCUGCCCCUCCGCAGAUCCAUAAUGGCCAGAACGCACCUGCUCAGAACGCUCAAGUGCGCCCAGCGUCAUCGAGUACAGACAAUAUCAAAGGACAAGAUCCCCAAUCCAACGACAUGUCAAGUACGCAGGCAUUGGCCAAGAGUUUCGGUGUCUCCGCUGCUUUAGUGAAUGAGAUCAAACUGAAUCCCAGCAUGGGCGUCGGAGAUCUGAAGGAGGAUUUGGCGGUGGGCGCAAAUGGACUGCUGUCGGGCCGAGAUCAAGUCAUAGACUCUUCCGUGCCCCGGGACACUGCCAAGUGGGUGUCUGUGCCUGUGCGUCGUAAUAGCGUCGUGGCUACAUCCCCCAGUGCGUCCGUCUCCUCCGCAGCUCCCAACAAUGUUCCCGUUUGGUUGCCCAAAGACCGGAAUAUGGUCAAGCACAUCGUUAACGUUUACUUCACCCGACUAAACCCCCAUCGGCCUGUCUUCAUCCGUCAGGACUUCGAAAACACCCUCGAUCAGUUGUAUGACCGUCGAGUCCUCCAGCAUGACCCGGGGUAUAUCUCCAGCUUGUACCUUAUGCUGGCCCUUGGCACAUUGAGCGAGCUGAGUCACAGGGUCUGUGAUCUUGACAAGGAGGGUGUUGGCAACACAAGCCCCACGAUCAAGAAGAAGCUAAUGCCUCAAGAUUGGCCCGAGCCCGAGGAGUUCUUCGAGCGGUCGCUCGUGACGAAGCCUGAGUUCCGCGUUACUUUGUCCAGUCUGCAAGCUCUUAUUCUGCUUCAGUGGUAUUUGUUCGCUGAAGGUCAAGGGCGUACUUUAUGGCGGCUGGUAGGGAGCAUGGUCCGCCUCGCUAUCGAGCUUGGAUUGCAUCAUGAUCCGACCACCCAGGGGCAGACGUUUACUGAAGAGGAAGCUCAGCUUCGUAUUUGCCUGUGGGCGACAGUGAUCAUACACGAUCGUGGAACGUCACUAAUGCUUGGACGUCCUCUCGGUAUUUCCCCUUCAGACUCGAACACGCCCCGACCUACGCGGGGUAGGACGCUGGCUGACGCGUCCGAGCACUUCAUUCUAUCAGGGCCUGUCGCGGAGAUUCAGGCCGACAUCAUCAAUUCCCUUUAUUCGCCCACACGGCAGAGCGCUCCCGAUGCCAUUGUUAGGCAUGCCACCCGGAUCAUCAAAAGUAUGGUUGAAUUCAGGAAGCAGCUGCCUGACAAUUAUCAAUGGUAUUUCGGAGGAACUGACGAGUGGCCUAUUGAGAAGAGGGUGAAGCUUGUACAAGACAUCACCGAGGAUAUCGGUUUAACACUAUUGAAAGUCGGGAUCACAAGGAUCCUAUUGCUGCGAGCGUUGUUCUCCUCCAAGGAAUUGGAUUACCGCUCUCGAUACAAGGCUCUCGUCGAUGCCAUCGUUACGUCGCACAACAUAAUCGUGGUCCACAAUCAGCUCAUUCGCUUCCCCGACAUCGCUUUCUUUGUCUCUCCCAUCCCUCUCCAUAUUGCCGCCAUGGUCAUCUUAUAUGGGCAUAUGUCCAAGUGCGACCGUCUUUCGCGUCAGAUCGCUGUGGAGGACGUAUGGAUGGCUUUGGACAUGCUGCCUCGCUUCCGUUGGCGCUGGGAGCGCAAGGAUAUGACAGGUGGACAUCCGCUGAUUGCCAAGCUUGCUGAGACUGUCUUGGAAGUCAAUCUUCACCAAGUCGGGCCACCCAGUCAUCCGUUCUUGCUCUCAGAGCAAGAUUGGGAAAGCGACUCUGGCAUCUUGUCGCCGACCUCAUCGUCGGGCAGUGUCCACGGAUCGCAAUCGCAACACUCGCCGCCCAAGGUAUCACAUACGACUUUCAGCGGACCUGGAUACGCUCCACCUUCCGGUGGCAACGACGGGGCGCAUAGCCAUACUCCUCCAGGGAAGAUGGGACCCAGCACACCGCCCGAUAAGAAGUUGGCCGACAUGAAUCCCAAUCUAUUCUACCCGUUCUAUAUGGAUGGCAACCAGCAAAGUAUAGGAAACAACGGCCAAGGCAACACUGUGAAUGCCAACGGUGACGUUAACGAACUGCUGGCAGCGGCGAGCGCUGCUGUUCAACCCAUGGGGAGUUACGGAGGGCAGACGCAUGAUGCAUACAUGCUGGAAGAGAAAGACAGUGGUAAUAUGGCUCAUGGGGGUCAGAUGUGGAUGAACAUGGUCAUGCUGCUCAGCCGGUCUCCUUCGACUAGGCGAACGAUGGUCGUGGUGGGCAAUCCUACGUCAUGGGGCCAUCUUGAGCGGGCGUUGCGCGGUGUGGACAAUCAUAUGUUCGUUGUUAAUGAGGUUACUCCCUGUCGUCCUUAUGGGUUCCUGCCGUAG